CUGUUCCCCAGGUGUACUACUCCCUGUGGAGGCGUCUGCUGAAGAUCUUCUGGUGGCUGGUGGUGGCGUACACCAUGCUGGUGCUGAUCUCCAUCUACACCUACCAGUUUGAAGACUUCCCUGGAUACUGGAGAAACUUCACUGGUUUCACAGAGGAACAGCUGGCAGCCGUUGGUCUGGAGACCUUCGCUCUCUCAGAGCUCUUCAGCAGUAUUCUGAUCCCCGGCUUCUUCCUGCUGGCCUGCAUCCUGCAGCUGCACUACUUCCACAAGCCCUUCAUGAGGAUCACCGACAUGGAGCACAUCACACCCAUACACAAGAAGAAGAGCGUGGAGAGGACUGAGCAAACUGACUUUGAAGAGGAGGAGCUGGUGACAAACAUGGAGGAGGAAUCUGAAGACGAAGUGGAGUUGACCCCCAGUAAGUGGGGUCUGGUGAUGGACAGGAUACUGGUUCUAUCCAGAAGGUUCUCUGACAACCUCACCAAAGUGCAAGUGUUCAUCUGGAGGCUCCUGGAGCUCCACAUCUUCAAGACGGUGGCCUUCUUCUCUGUGUGGGUGUCCCUGGAGGAGCCCUCAGUGAUGAACCUGGUCCUGGUGGUGCUCUGGUCUCUGGCCAUGCCCUUCUCUCGCUUCGGGCCCAUGGCCUCCUGUCUGUCCACAGCCUGGGUGUGUGUCAUCAUCAUGUGCAAGAUGCUGUACCAGCUCAGUGUGGUCAACCCAGCAGAGUACUCCAGUAACUGCAGCCUG